UAAUCCAAAGGCCGGCGUCAGCUGUAUUUUUAUAAUAUAUAUUUAACUUUUUAUUAUUUUUUUAACGUUUGCUCAAGAGGAACGGUGUACGCUUCCUGAGAUUAGCUCAAACUGCUAGCUCGCUAGGCUAGCGCUGCUAUCAGGCUACCAGCAUCAAGAGCAGCUUUAGCGCUUUAACUCGGACAAAACCGAUGUGCACGGAGGUGUUGAACCUCCAUCUGUCUUGAAGGACUCGUAGGUUCUCGCUAUGGAUGUACAGCAGGCUGUGAACGGAGCCGAGGAGGCCACGGUGGAUGUCCAGUUUACCGAUUUACCCAACGCCCUGAUCGCCUGCAGAGUUCCCGAGGAUCUGUUCAACGAGGGCCUCCUGAAGAACAACUUUGAGUCGCUGUUCCGUUCCUUUGACCCAGAGGUGCAGUUCCACUACUUCCGGUCUUUCCGGCGGGUCAGGAUCAGCUUCAGUGAUGCUCUGGCUGCUGCUGAGGCGAGACUCAGGCUACACAAGACCGACUUUAACGGGAAAGAGAUGAGACUCUAUUUUGCUCAGUCUGUCCACAUUGGAAGUCCUCGUCUGGAGCCACCAAAGCCAGAGAAGCAGUUCCUCAUCUCUCCUCCUGCCUCUCCUCCCGUCGGCUGGGAGCAGUCCAACGAUGCCACACCGGUUAUCAACUAUGACCUGCUGUGUGCCAUCUCCAAACUGGGACCAGGAGAAAAGUACGAGCUGCACACCGCCACACCAACUACACCGAGCGUGGUCAUCCACGUGUGCGAGGAUGAGCGUGGCGCUGGCGACAGCUCGGCACCCGACGACAGCGACCAAGACGAGAAGCCCCGCCCCUCGCGGGCGAAGAUUGUCCAGACUCGACGCCCCGACUACACCCCCGGCGUGGAGCAGUGAACGGGGAAUAACGAGGCGACGCUUCGUGGCAACCUGAAGUGUUUGAUCAAGAAAUAUUCCGAGAUGGUUUGAAGAUUUUGUUAAGCUAUCCGAGGAUGCUAGGAUGUCCCGUCGAUGACGGAAACAGGAAACAAAGCGCUGGAUGAUGUAUUCAUGUCCUGUGGAAAACGCAACUAACCACUGGAAGAAACCGAUAAUAUUUAGUGUUUGUGACCUCAAAGUUUUGAGAGUAGUAUUUAUAUGUACAUGUUCAAGCUAACUUUUUAAAUCCAAUGUUCAUCCUAAAGUAAAGAUAUUCAUUUUGAGGAUACUUAGAAAACUGACCAGGUUCACUGAGAAACAGGGUACUGUAUAAGCAACACGUUCAGAUUUGUUAUUUUAUUUUCCUACAUGACAUGAAUGCACCAUCAGACGGAUGACUACUGUGUGAAUUAACACAAUUGGAAAGAGUACUUUUAAAAUGUUAGCCAUAACACAGCUGUUACUAUUUAUUUCGGUGCUACACAUGAACACGUGUAGAGGCUGAUGAGCUCCAUGCAAAACCCUGAUGCUUUAUAUCCUCCAUGCUGAUUGCACCUCUUCAGCACAGCCUGAUGUGUCGGCAUCUAUCAUCUCAGGCUUACGCUAAAACAUAAGGAAGGGACGCAUUUAUGACGCUCAUGCCAUAAUAAAGUCAAGAAAAACCAAGUCCACACACUUUAAUGUAUCAGGACUAAAUAUUUUUUCCAUUUGUUUAUACCAUUUUCUAAAAAAUAUUCAAAUCUAACCUCAAGUGUACAAAUACAUCAGCAAUGACCUUAGAGAAGCAACUGUUGCUACCUAUCAGUCUGGGAAGGGUUAAAGUUCUUUGCUGAACAAAUUGGGAGUGCAUCGUUCUACAGAGAGUAAGAUUUUUACAAGUGGACAACAUUUUAAGACGGCUGCCAAUCUUCCCAGAAGUGGACAACCCCGCAAAUUCAUUCCAAAGUGAAGGACAAGCAAAACAGCAGUGUCUCAUACCAACUAGAGCUACAAGUGUCUGGAAACUUCCUUGAAGCUUUCCGUGGAAAGUUAGGCCAAGGAAUUUUGGAAAUAUUCAAAAUGGAAACUUUUCAUAGGAACCAUUGAAAGAAAUGGGGAUAAUUUAGACACAAGAUCAUAUAUAAAACAGAAAACUUAUGCCAUAGGCAAAUAAGAUAGACCCACAGUUUUUAAAGGACAAUUUGCUUAUGACCACAUCACUGUGUUGCAACGAUCAACCUAUAGCGAACAAUGGAUUUUAACAUUUCUGGGCAUGUCCAACUGGGAGGAGACCCCAGGGAGAACCCAGGACAUGCUGAAGA